AUGGCUCUCCCAGACGAGGAUACUCAGGUGCGAGUCGCCAGCGAAGCUACCGAGAUCUUCGUCACCCACUACUACCAGGCUGUCAACAAGCAGAGCGCCCUUCUGCCCUUCUACAUCAACUCUUCCUCGCGGUAUCCUAUCCCUGCCGAUAUUUCGAUCAACGGCGCCGUUCUCUCCGCACCCGACGACUACUCCAAGCUCCUCGAGGCCCAAGGCCAAGGCGCACUCUACGAGCUAGAGUCCUUCGAUUCACACGUUGUCAAUCCAUCCUUCGGCAUGGGCGCCCCCGAGAACGUCUACGACGGAGCCAAGGUGGAGAAGAACGGAGGUCGCAUGAGCAUCCUGGUCAACGUCAUGGGCAAGGUGCAAUACGGCAAGGGAAGAGAAGCCCCCCAAAAGAUGUUUCACGAGACGUUUGUCCUGGUGCCCAACUGGGAGGCCAUGGUCAAGAACCCGCCCAAGGGCGUCAAGAGGUGGUUGAUCAUGUCGCAGAACUUUCGCGCCUUGAUCUUUUCGACUACUGGUGCUGCGGGUGCCACCAAGACACAGGCUGCGAGCCAAAAGGCUAUCAAGACGAAGGGCGUCUUGAACGAGGAUUCGACCAAGGCCAACGUGUCGAGAAAGCCCAGAGUCAAGGGGGCUUAAGCUGGAGAAGAAGUCGGAACAGCAAUGCCAUUAUAAGAUACCCGAGUCGAAAUAGAAGAGGCAGCUUUAUUGAAGUUAUGAAUUUGGAGAAGCGCUCAGUUUACGGCAUGAUGAGAGGCAUCGGUUCAGCUAGAUAGACAGCCACCAACACAACUUUAACUACCCC